AUGUGUGCCUGUUUCCACAGAGGAGGGGCUAUCGCCCCCUGCCCAGCUGUGCAGUGGGGGUGGGACCUUUCCAGAGAGGGAGCCAGGCCUGGCCUGGGCCCCAGGAGCUCACGUCACCCCACCCCCCACCCAUCAUUUCUCUAGGGAACCGGCAAAGCCAAACGCAGCUGAGGCCGGGAUUAUGUGUCCUGGGUAAACCCACGGAGAGACAGCGAGAUACAGACCUGGGGCACAUUCCUGCCCUGGAGCUGGCCCACCUCGGCACUGGCUCCUUGGAUUCCUCUCCCGGGUGCCUUUCAGCUCCAACAGAAACAGAAUUUUUUUUUCCUGGAAAGCAGAACUAAGAGGAGGGUGGGGGCUGGGGAUGGGAAGGAGGAGGGGGCUGGAGGGCAACGAGGGGUACCCCUGGGGGGCAGGAGGGAGAGCCAGGUGAAAACCGUCUUCAGAAAGAGCCUGCCUGUGGGUGCCUGCACUGGCCUGGCAGCGCCGAGCAGGGUCUAG